GUGGAGAGAGUGCUGACUCCGUCAACACCAACUCUAACUCAAGGCGACCAGCUAAACCGAAUCAAAUUAAUUCGAAAGCGCGCCAAAAACCGCCAUGCAGCCGGUGAUUUUCGCGAAGACGGCGAAGAUGGACAAGGCAUGCUGGCCAACUCCUAUCCUCGUAGCCGAGUGGUCGGCGGCCAUCCGGACAACGAAGACGAGGUUGUUCAGGCCUACGAUCUGGCCGUCCUCUCCAACGAUUCUGCUGACGACUGCAGGGUUCUUCAACCCCGCGAGUCGUUAGCGACAUCCAUGAGCAAGAUAUCGCUGACGCCCUAUCACAGCCGCAGUCGAGAAUUCGGCAACCACCAAACCUUCAGUAAUGUUCCACUAGGGUGA